AGCUCCGCCCCCGGCCCGGCCCGGCCCGGCCCCGGGCCCGCUCGCCCGCCGCCCCGCAUGGAGCUGUCAGCCAUCGGCGAGCAGGUGUUCGCCGUAGAGAGCAUCCGGAAGAAGCGCGUGCGGAAGGGUAAAGUCGAAUAUCUGGUGAAGUGGAAAGGAUGGCCCCCAAAGUACAGCACGUGGGAGCCGGAGGAGCACAUCCUGGACCCCCGCCUGGUCAUGGCCUAUGAGGAGAAGGAGGAGAGAGACCGAGCAUCGGGGUAUAGGAAGAGAGGUCCGAAACCCAAGCGGCUUCUGCUGCAGCGGCUGUACAGCAUGGACCUGCGGAGCUCCCACAAGGCCAAGGGCAAGGAGAAGCUCUGCUUCUCCCUGACGCGCCCACUCGGCAGCGGGAGCCCCGAGGGGGUGGUCAAGGCGGGGGCACCCGAGCUGGUGGACAAGGGCCCCUUGGUGCCCACCCUGCCCUUCCCGCUCCGCAAGCCCCGCAAGGCCCACAAGUACCUGCGGCUCUCACGCAAGAAGUUCCCGCCCCGCGGGCCCAACCUGGAGAGUCACAGCCAUCGACGGGAGCUCUUCCUGCAGGAGUCACCGGCCCCGGACGUCCUGCAGGCGGCCAGCGAGUGGGAGCCUGCUGAGCAGCCCCCUGAAGAGGAGGCAGAUGCAGAUCUGGCCGAGGGGCCCCCUUCCUGGACACCCACGCUCCCCUCAAGUGAAGUGACAGUGACCGAUAUCACCGCCAACUCCAUCACCGUCACCUUCCGCGAGGCCCAGGCAGCUGAGGGCUUCUUCCGAGACCGCAGCGGGAAGUUCUGAAUCACCAUUUUUACUCUUCUUAAACUGUUUUCUUUUGGGCUUGGGGUGGGGACUUCCAGAAAUGGGGAGGGGUUGGGGUGGGUAAUUAUUUUAUUUAAAGAAACAUUGAUGAGGAGAAGGGGGGAAGAUCCCAACACUCUCCCACCGCCCCGCCCCUUUCUCUGUACGGACGUUUACAGGGCAGCCUUGGGUCUGUGUCAGGGCUGGGCCUGGGGAGGCCUGGCACUGCUCUGUCACUUGGGGUACCAUCUCCAGGGUAGGAUGGGGACAGGACCAGCCUCCCCCGGACACCUCCAUCACCAUUCUUCUCUAGAGAGACAGCAGCUGGUCCCCAGGACUAAAGGAGGAUGGGAAGGCCUGAACCCUCCCCUUAAGUAGCCCACCCCAGCCUUUCUGGUUGGUUUCCCCUUUGCCUUUUUGUGUGUGUGUGUUUGGGGAGGGGUCUUUAUUUUUAACUUUCCACUCCAGCUUUGCGGGGGGAUAUGGAGGCUGGCUUUGACCAAAAGUGAUUGGGUCACAGAGCUAAGGGGCUGGGAAGGGUUUGAGAUUGCUGGGCUCGUCCCACCCCUUCAGAAAGGUCUCUCCUUUCCCCUGGGGGCAGCUGCCAGCUAAGCCCCUUCUGCCGAGAGCCACCCGCCCCAGCUCCAUCACCUGGCCCGUGCAGACCGCUCACUUGCACACCCAGCCCCGCAGGUGUGUGCACACCACCCCUCGCGCCCUCGUGACUGCACGCGCCGGUCCGCAGACGUGUGCAGUGGGUCUUGCAAGCCUCCUGACCAGGUGGACGGGGUGGGGGGGAUGGGGGGGGAGUGAUUCACAGCGCAGAAGAGCUUGCUCUAGGCAGCCCCGCUCAUCCCACCUUGCACAGCACUUCGCCUGACGGGACCUAUCCGAGUCAGCGUGGAUAGCUGUCAGUGGAGGGCAAGGCUCCGGCUGGGGGCAGCCGGAUGGCCUCCGACGCUCCAGGCGUGCCGAUGCAGUCUUGUGGUGUCACCUGGGCAGCCACAGGCGUGCAAGCCUGUGCGUGUGUGCUGUGCACCGGCGCGAGCUCUGCGGCACUUGUGCCCUGUCCCCCCCACCCCCGGGGCUCCUGUUCUCUCUGACUCAGGUGACUUUCCAGCCCUUCUGUCUCCCCUCUUUUUCUGCUCUCCCCUUCAACUCAGCCAACCAGACAUGGGCGUGGGUGGUCAGGGAGGGAGGAAGCGUCCCACCACCUUCUCAGGGCAGCCCUCGACUCCUGACACCCUUCCUCCUUCCAUUCUGGGUCUCCCCCCCCAUCCACCCUCAGUGCUGCAGCUGGGACUAACCUUGCUUCUCUGCGGCGGGACCUCUGCCAUGUCUUCCUGUGGUCGGGCUGUAGUGGGCGAUGGGUCAGGCUGUGCACGAGCCCCCCACCCUGGCAGGGGCCUGUGUCUGCCAGAAGAGGGGCGCUCUGUUUGUGGUUUGCACAGACGUGCCCUGUGGACUAGUGGCUCCCCUGGCAGUAAGCAGUGACGUCUCCCCUGUCCUGGUCCUGCGGGGGAGAAAAAGCCAGACUGGGGGUGGGCACCAGGGGAGCAAAUGAAAGGCUGACCCCUUCGCCUCUCCCCGUUGUCAGACCAGGCACUCAGGUCCCUCCCCCAGGGCUGUCUCCACGCUCUGCUUUGUCCUGAGGAAGUGGGCAGAAUCCUGCUGAGGCUCGACUAGGGCAGUUCUUCCCCCAGACCCCUUCUUCCCAAGUUCCCAAACCAAAGACAGCCUGCACCCCAUUUUUGUUUGGGGUGCCUUGCUGGCAAGAUCCCAGAUCCCUGAGUGUCUGUCUCCCCUUCCUCCUUAAUCCUUUGUUGUCCAGGGUCAAUUCAGUGCUUCCAUUGGGGGAUGGCUUCCUCCCCCCCACCCCAUGACUUGAUGCACCCCCAGGCUAGGGGGUUGUGUCUAGGGGAGUCUGGGGGUGGACCAGGGAGAGGAGGGGCAGCGGGGAACCUGCCCAGCUAUGGGACCCUGGGGAGGGGAAGGGCAGCCUGAGUGGGAAGCUGUCCCAGAUCAGGGGCUCCCGGCAGAGGGGAGGGUGGUGGGCAGGGGUGUCACGCUGACAGAAAGCUGUGGGCCCUGGCUUGGUACUCGGCUGGCAGCUUCCAAGAGAAGUCACACUCCCCAGCCCCCAGGGGACAUGUGGCCUCCUCCUGCGUCACUCUGAAGAGCUGUCUUUGUAGUUUGCGGGUCUGGGGGCUUGUGUGGGAUGAGGCAGCUGCCGCAGAGGAGCACUUCUAGCCUCUCGCUCAGCCUUCACGGCCCGCAGGGCGCCCUGCUCUCUGGAGGGCCGGACCUGGGAGCGGAGGCUCCCUGGGGGAAGGGCUGCAGGCUGUUAGGACCUUCCUGCCCAGGACCCAGGACGGUGACCUCUGUGAGGGGCUGGAAGUGGCCUUGCAGGACUCCUCCCUCCCUGAGCGUCCCAGAGGGCCUUGGGGUGAGAGGGGGCAAGGCGGGCGCGACCUCCCACCCCGCUGCCACCCGAGAAGGCCAGUACUCACUUGGGGGUGGGCGUUGAAAAAGUUGGACCACCUGCCUUUCCUUCCCCCAGCCCCACCUGUUUUGAAUGUAGAGAGACCGGUUGGUACUUUUCUUUUGCUGUGGGGUGGGGCGAGGGGCAUAUUCUCCGCCCGUGGCGCGGCCCCUGGUAAUGCUGCGGGCCACUCUGGAAUCACCACCGCUCUUAGGAUGGUGGUCCCUCCACCGGCUUCCCCCUGGCUCCUGCCCUGGGGGAGGGCGCUUGGCUUGUCAGGUGGUUUCGCUUUUGCUUUAUAACUGGCCAGCCUGGCCUCCGGGUCUCAGCACAAGAACGCUUCCUUUGCACAGAAUGAGCGUCCGAGCUUUGUUCAGACUAAAUGAAUGUAUUUGGGAGGGGUUGGGGGCGCGAGUCAAUUCCAAGCACACACCGUUUCAGAGUGAGUGUGUGCGGGGAGAGCUAGAGCAGAUGCAGAGCGUGGUUUUAUUUUUGUACUGAUAUUGGUAAGAGACUGUAUAGCAUCUAUUUAUUUAGAUGAUUUAUCUGGUAAAUGAGGCAAAAAAAUAUUAAAACUACAUUAAAGAUGAUUUUGAAAAAAA